GAACGUGACGCGUGUCACAUGACAAGUCACAUGCGCGUCAUAUCUCCUCUGAUCUUUAUAGUUCUGAUAUUCUGGUCGCUGUUCAGUCACGUCAAGCCAGUCAAGGUGAACACAACUUCACUUCACUACAGAAAGCUAUUUUUCUUCACUAAAGAAAAAUAUUUUUCAGGUACUUAUACAAUUUGCUAAGGACAUUGCAAUGUAUAGACAAAGUGUGGCACCCCUUGUUAAGGGUUCCAAAAACCGAUUUAAAAAUAUAAAUUCUGGGGUAACACAUGGGCUUCAGACACACAACACGCAAACAAAAGAUUCCUUUCAAGGCGGGUUGAAGAUGAAGCCCAUAAGCCCCAUUGAUACUGGUAAUGACUGGAACAACUCUUUCAGUUGUUUGGAUAUGGAAGAUCUUCCAGAUCUUGUAACUGAAAAUAGGAAGGACUUCCCAGCGCAAACGAGCACAGACGCAGUGGACUUGCCUGACAAGAAGAAGAAGCUUGUACGCAUCAGUGAUACAAGAGGAGAUGCCUGGAGGAACAAGCUGGAUGAACAGGAGCCAGCAUCCACGAACCAAAAGAAAAAAAAGAGGCUUCAGGUGACGUUCCAAGACGAAAAAGACGAGCUCGACAACCAGGAGCAAAUGUCCAAACACGCAGUGGACUUGCAAGACGAGUUGAAGGAGAAGCUCGUACGCGCCAAUGAAAAUAAUAAAGCCUUGAAAAGCAAGCUGGAUGAACAGGAGCAAACGUUCACAAACAAAAAUAAAGUCUUGGAAAAAAGGUUACAGACACAAGCUCAAACGUUCCGAGAGGAAAUAAAUGAGUUGAAAGACAAACUUGAGAAACAAACAUCCACACACGCAGCGGACUUGAAACAGUUGGAGAAGCUUGUAAGCUCCAAAGAACAGAUGGAGACACAGCUAAUUAGAGACUUGGAAAAAAAGUUAGAGACACAGGAGCAAACAAAUGAAAACAAAAUGGAUAAGCUCGUACAAGGAAUGAAAAAACAGGUGGAUCAAUUAGAAAUAGAAAGAAAGAAGGACCUGUUUGACCAUGACCGACCCCAAGCAGUACGAGUCGGCAACAACAUCUCGAGCAGCAUCACACUCAGCACAGGGGCCCCACAAGGCUGUGUGCUCAGUCCCCUGCUCUUCACCCUGCUGACUCACGACUGCACAACAACCCACAGCACCAAUCACAUGGUGAAGUUUACAGACGACACAACUCUGGUGGAUCUCAUCACCAAGAACUCUCCCACACCGAUCCUGAACACUUUCUACCGGGGCACCAUUGAAAGCAUCCUGACCAGCUGCAUCACUGUGUGGGGCAGUAGCUGUACUGAACACAGCAUGAAAGCACUGCAACGCAUAGUGAACACAGCUGGUAAGAUCAUUGGCGCCCCACUCCCACUUCCUUCCCUGAAAGACACAUACGCCACCCGCCUCAUCCGGAAAGCUACCUCGAUUGCGAGUGACACCACCCAGUCUCUUCAGCCGCCUACCCUCUGGAAGAAGGUAUAG